AUGUGUUUACCAUUUUUGUCUUUAUUCAUUCAUUCACACUCACACACACAACAACAAAUAAUAAGAUAUUUAGUAAAAGGUUUGGGCGGCUACUCUUCCCAGGUGUCCGUCCUUAACCCAACAAUCCCCUGCUGUUCCAAUGCCCCUGCUAUUCCUUCUCUCAAUCGAUUCCUGCCUGUAAUUCUUUGA